AGAUAUUUGGUAAAGAGAAGGGGUCCUUCUUGACCUGAUCUCCAUUGCCAGUCUGUAAUAUACUCAAUACACUCUUUUCUCCUUUAUUUAUAUGAUGAUAAUGACUAUAUACAACACAUAUUAUGUACUAAACCUUCACCCUUGUAUCUCAUUCAUACACAUCACCUUUUCCUUGUUUGGACCAUCUUGAAUCAUGAGUCUUUUUGGCCUUGGAAGCAGAAAUCAGAAGACUUUUCGUCCUAAAAAGAGUGCUCCAUCAGGAAGCAAGGGUGCACAACUUAAGAAACACAUUGAUGCUACUUUGGGUAGUGGCAACUUGAGGGAAGCAGUGCGGCUACCGCCUGGAGAAGAUCUUCACGAGUGGCUGGCUGUAAAUACUGUUGACUUUUUCAACCAAGUGAAUAUCUUGUAUGGCACUCUCACAGAAUUCUGCACCCCGUCGAGCUGUCCAACAAUGUCUGCAGGGCCAAAGUACGAGUAUCGUUGGGCCGACGGAGUUAAUAUAAAGAAACCAAUAGAAGUUUCUGCUCCAAAAUAUGUGGAUUAUUUGAUGGGUUGGAUAGAAACUCAGCUAGAUGAUGAAUCAAUUUUUCCACAAAAUUUGGGUGCGCCGUUUCCGUCCAACUUUCAGGAUGUUGUGAAGACAAUAUUUAAGCGAUUAUUUCGUGUAUAUGCUCAUAUCUAUCAUUCACAUUUCCAAAAGAUUAUCAGUCUAAAGGAAGAAGCUCAUAUGAAUACUUGCUUUAAGCACUUUGUUCUGUUCACGUGGGAGUUCCGUUUAAUCGACAAGGCAGAGCUUGCACCUCUCUAUGAGCUCGUUGAGUCUAUUCUGCAGCUUUAGUUCCAUGCUGUAAUUCAAUUCAUUUUCGACAA